AUGUCCUUAAAUACUUCGAUGCCUUAUUAUCGCAAUUCCUCAAGAGAAGUCAAAACUAUUAAGGAGAUUGUCUAAGCUGAGGCAAUCAAAAGUGCUAGAUUGCUCAGCCGAGACAAAGUUAAAGUUAUAUAAAACACAUCAUUUGGCGAUUUGAAUAGAAGUAAAAGGAAAGUUAAUAAUUCGUUUCAUGACAACAGAAAUAACUCUUAGAUUGCAAGUUCAAAUAUUCUUUCUGGUUAUUUAGCCAAUGCAUUUUAGGAAAAAAAGGAAAAUAUUCAAAGGAAUCAGAUGCCAGAUAUCACAAAUAAGAAUAAAUAUGAUGAAAAUAAACAGAGAGAAAUCAAAUAUCUAAUGAGGAUUGCAGCAUUAGAGAAAGAAUCAUCAAAACUAACUGAAUUAGCAACUAAAUUGAAGAAAGAGAAUUAAUUAUUGAAAUAAUAAAAUAAUUAAGACUUGAUCAUAUACCAAUUAUAAGAAGCUCUUAAUAUAUCUAAAAAUGAGAAUUAAAAUCUGAAAAAAUAAAUUACUCAACUUUAGAAUUCUAAUUCCAAUUACUUUAAUAAUAGUGUAUAUCGAAAUUAAAAGAACUAAUCUCAAAACACAAAUUACACAGUCAAUACUACAGAUAAUAUAUCUCAAGAUAAUAUUAAAUUUUAAGAAUACAUUCCUAGUUAUUUAGUUGCUCUUAGCUUAGCUGAUUGA